UAUUUGUAUUUUAUUUCAGAGGUUCCAUUCAGUAUUGAGGAAUUACAAGGAAUCGGACGCGAUUGUAAAACCAAGGGGCGGGGCAGAGGUGAAUGGUGUCGAAUCGGGGACCAGGACGGAUGGUGCGCAAGUGGCCACAGGGACUCGCUGUUGAGCGCGGAGGAUUGCUGGGGGACCGACAGUGUGGGAAUAGGUGGGGGAACUCGCUGGUCAGUACCGUUUGGGGUGAAGUAGGGCGAUGGGCCAAGGGUGAAAUCUAGCACUUAAUGGAGCUCGAGUCGGGGCUUACGCUCUGAUACUGAACACAAUGGAUUCUGAACUCUCCGAGGUCCGCCACACUGUACAAGAAGCUCUCCACACUCUUUCAUCUUCCAAGGAUGGGGUCCAAAUAUCUGAGGCCCUGAGGUCUGUGAGGAUCUACUUGAGUGAAAUGAAGAACCCAGUCUUACCCAGAGAGAGGGAAGAAUUUUCCAAGAUCUACUUUUCUACCUUCCUUCGAUGUCUUGUCAGCAAAUUAAGCCCUGAUUGGCUGGACCUACUACCUGCUGGCCAACUGGAGGAACUAUGGGAUAGUUUUUUUCUAGAAGGUCCAGCUGACCAAGCCUUUUUGGUCUUGAUGGAAUCCAUCACUGUUACUGUUGGUCUGAGCUAUCGUCUGAUGAAGAUGGCCCAGGUGCUCUCCAGGUUCCUGAAGAUGGGCAGACUGGCAGAGCUGAUGUGGGAGAUGUGUCAGCAGCAGGUGCCCCGGGGUUCAUCCCUUCUCCAGGAGACUCUUCUCAGCAAAGUUGUGUGUCUGCCUGACCACCUCAGUAACCAAAUGAAAGAGCAAAGCCCGUCCCUGUUCUUCCCCCAGAACUACUUCCCUCUGCUUGGUGAAGAGAUGAUCCAGGUGCUCCAGAGGAUCUCUGACUCCCUCAGAGGAGGCUCGGAUUGUUCCAUCUGCUUUUUAUCUCAAAUACUAGCAAAAGUCUGCAUCCACGGGAGACAAAAAGAGAUUCUGGGAGUGUUGGUACCCCACUUGACAGAGCUCACCCAGGCUGACUGCAUCUGGCAGAGGCUGAGUUGGCGUCUCGUGGAAAGUGUGCCAGAUCGGGGGAUAGAAGCUGUAGUGUCUGGACUUAUCCAAGAAGCCCCAGGGGCCAGAGUUCUGUCUCGGUUACUGGGGAACCUGGUGAUGAAGAACAAGAAAGCCCAGUUUGUGGUGACCCAGAAAUGCCUGUUGUUGCAGUACAGAUACUCAACUGAAGUGCUGCAAAACCUCCUGGGGUACCUGGCCUUGGACAGCUAUCGGCGCACCCUCCUCUUACAGGUGCUGAAGGACCUCUUAGAGACUUGGGGCAGCAGCAGUGCCGUCAAACACUCUCCAGUGGAGCAGCAGCUUUAUGUCAGCAAAGCCAUCCUGAUCUGCUUGUCCCACCUGAAGGAGUCAGAAAUAGACCACAUCAGGGAAGAGCUGCUGACCGCCAUGAUGGGAGGCGUGCAGUGCCAUAUUGAGAGUAGUCUGCCCCAAGUCCGACAUGUAGGAAUGAUUGUAGCAGAGACUAUCAGUUCCCGAAUCCACUCAGAGGGGCCCCACCUGAAAUUCCAGUACGAAGAAAAUAAACUGACCAGAGAAUUGUUGUCCUUGGUGAACUUGAAGCCUGAUGAUGCCAGCCCUCCAGCUUCUGGCUCCCCUGUUGUGCCAGCACCUGCAGUCCAGCCAGCCUGUCUGAGCCCAGAGGGCAAAGCACACCAAGAAGAAAAAGACAAGGGGUCUGACUCGGAUCUGGACAGUGAUGAUGAAUUUGUUCCAUAUGACAUGUCAAGGGACAAAGAGCUGAAGAACACCAAGGCUCCAGUGUACAUCCGGGAUUGCCUGGAAGCACUGACAAGCUCAGAGGACGUGGAGCGCUGGGAAGUGACGCUGCAGGUUCUGGAGAGCUUAAUCAAGAGGAACCCAGCAGCAACAAAAGAGGUGAGUACAGAAUUAGCCAAGGUGCUGCUCCAUCUGGAGGAGAAGACCUGUAUGGAGGGGUUUGAGAUGUUGCGUCAGCGAGCCCUGGUGGCUGUCACUGUCACAGACCCAGUACAGGUUGCACAGUAUCUGACUUCCCAAUUCUAUGCCAUGAAUUAUAGCCUUCGGCAGCGGAUGGACAUCCUAGAUGUGUUGGUUCUUGCAGCUCAGGAACUCUCAAGCCCCAGGAGCCUAGAAAAAGCCAAGAUCCCUGGUCGUCCUGAGCCUAGUGUCCAGCUCUUGCCUGCCCCACUGACCCCCAGUCUCAACAUAGUUCCUUCUGACGGCUGGAGAAGAGUUGUGGAGGAGAGGAUCAAAAACAAGACACGCCGGUUUGCCAAGGGUUCUUCCAGAUCCAGUACAGCAAAUGGACCCAACAAGUUUAAUUCUGUGGUUGGUUAUUUCUUCUUCCCUCUUAUUGAACGUUUUGACAGGCCGCUUGUGACUUUUGACCUUUUGGGAGAGGAUUCUUUGGUCUUGGGAAGACUAGUUCACACCGUGGGAAUCCUGAUGUAUUUUGCCAUUAAUACCACAGCAGCUGUGCCAAUGGGGAAGGCGCUGUUGGAGUUUGUGUGGACACUUCGUUUUCAUACAGAUGCGUAUGUGCGUCAAGGCCUCCUGUACUCCAUCUCCUCGAUACUCUGGAGUGUUCCUGCGGAGCGCCUUCUAGGGGAUCUGACGGAUGAGCUCCUAGAAACCAGGUCCUGGCUGGCAGCUGUAGCAGAGAAUGACCCAGAUGAAGACUGUAGGAAGCUGGCCAUGCAGGCACUCCUACUUAUGGAAAAGCUAAAAGACAAAUUCCAAAUAGGUUCUUCUUAGUCAAUCCCGAUGCCCUUAACCUGGCCCCACAGGUGGCCUGAUGGGAUUUUUGGGCCAUCACCUGGCUGGCAAAGAGGAAGGCAGGGAAGGCUUCACUGAAAGCCAGGGAGAAACAAGGGCCUGGCCUGACAUCUGGGCUUUGUAGUGGCAGCCAACUCUGUGAAAUAUUGAUAUCCGGUACUGAGUGUACAGAUGCAGGAAAACGCAGUAGAGUUGCUGUCUUCCUCCCCUCCCCCUGCACACUGAAUAUGCUAUUUUUAGUCUGGCAAGUUUGAGUCUUCAGCUAAAAAUACAGCAAGCCCUGUAGAGCCACUGCCUCUGUACAAAGACAGCAGGAGCAGAGUCCAAGAUUUCUCUUACUGUUUCAUUGAAUCUUGUUAUUCGGGUUGAAAGGUGUUUGGUCAUAAAGCUAAAAAAGAAGGAAGAGUCUUAAUAGAGACUUAGCUUCUGUGAAAUUUCUUCACAUUAAAAGGCUAUUUUGUUGUAAGAGGAACUGAAGGGGAAGACUAAAGGUAUGUGAGGGAAAGGAAUGGAAAAGCAACGAGUCACUUCUGAUUAAGGAUUAGUUCUGCACUUGAAGAGAACUUCUCCAGGACUGGAUCUGAAGAGUAUGUGGAGGCCCACCCUGCCAUCCCCCUCGCAGUAUAAACUGUGACCUUCUAUCCCGAAGCUGCUUUUCUUCUCCCAUCUUCUUUUUCCCAAAGGUACAGCUGUAGGAUAGAAUAAAGGCUCUUCUCUUUGCUUGCCCAUCCCCCACCCAGGGCAGAGUUGCAGGGUUUUGAAAGGAGUGGGUACGUUUAGUGAAGAUGUAGGCCCUGUGUCUGUGCAGGGCUGGGCCCAGGCUGGUUUUCCUAAAGUGGUCUCUGCUGCAUACCCCUGGGGCAAGCUUUGCUCGGACUGGAUUUGUUGAGGUGAUUAAUUUGCUAGGCCAAUUUCCUCUCAUUUUCAUUCCACUGCACAUUCGCCAAUUUAUAGCCAUAGCGCUCACAGUGUGCUGCAAAGGAGAGGACAUAAGUUUUGUGCUUGGCCCUGAGAAAAGAGAAAGGGCCAAAGGCCUCUAUAGACAAAGCUAGAAUGGGGUAGGGGUGGGGGGAAGGAUGGGGGGCACCUAGCUUUCCACAUGUCAUGAAGGGGUUCUUGAUGGAGUCCUGAGACUUAAUGCCCUUGUAGGGUGUUGCUAGACCUGCCUAUUAAAGAAGUUAAACAGAGGCUGGCAAAGGGUCCCUGGACACAGCUGGAUUCAAUUAUCAUGAGAUUUCUUUGUGUCAUAAAAUUCCAAGGAAGGGAUUCAAAGCUAAGGAAACACCAGUGUGGGAAGUAGCAACUAAGAGCAAGCCACCCCUCCUGCUGGAGCACAGAGCCUGGGGUCCGUUGUCCUCCCCCGACACAAGGAUAUCCCACUGGAGUCGCCAGUAGCUUCAGUGUCAACUCUGCCUUGACAAGGCAUGUUGGUGUAAUAGGUAGAGAACUGGCCUUGAAGUCAGGAAGAGAUGGAUUCAGGUCCUCAGACUCAUGCUGACUGUGGGAUCGCGGGCCUGUAAUCUAACCUCUGGUGAUCUGGGUCAAAGCUGGCAGACUCGCCAGCAGAGGGCCCAGCACAGCCAGAACCAGAUGAAAAUGUAACUGGGAAAUACUGAACACAAUAAAAAUGUAAUACACCAUCA